AUGGACCAACUUCCCGACGCACCGCCACCAGGCACCAGUCCACGGUCCAGCAGCUCCUGGAGCCGAUGCGAUCAAGCCGUGGCGCGCGUGGCACCCAUCGCCACCACCACCUGCCAAGUGUGCUCGCAACGCAUCGCCAAGGGUGAGUGGCAACUCGGGCUCAUGUUCGUCCACCUCGAGGGUUUCAUGCUCAUGGAGUGGUACCACUUGCAGUGCUCCAAGUCGCUGCAGAGCAGUGGCCUGUCUGGCAUACUUGAGUCAGCGCAGAGUGAGAUGACUCAAGAGCAGAAGCUCGAGUUCCAGUUGGCUUGCCAGAAUGCAACAACUCCAUGA